CAUUGGCACCGUGUACAUUUGGAAUAGUGUUUUGUGAUUAUAGUGACAGUGGUAGCUGCCGACCCAAAAGCCGCCACGUACGUCAUUGCCAUCUGAGAGUGAUUGACAACCAAAACUUAACUUAUUUAGUUUACUUCAGAAAUUUCAGAAUGCCGUUGCGCUUAGAUAUUAAACGCAAGCUGACGGCACGAUCAGAUCGUGUCAAAUGCGUUGACUUGCACCCGACAGAACCGUGGAUGUUGGCUUCACUGUACAAUGGAAAUGUUCACGUUUGGAAUCAUGAGUCUCAGCAACUUGUGAAGUCGUUUGAGGUGUGUGAUUUGCCCGUAAGAGCAGCUGUGUUUGUACCUCGCAAGAACUGGAUUGUGACCGGUUCAGAUGACAUGCAAGUUCGUGUCUUCAACUACAACACGCUGGAGAGAGCUCAUGCAUUUGAAGCUCACUCAGAUUAUGUCCGUUGCAUCGUGGUUCAUCCGACGCAGCCGUACAUUCUCACUAGCAGUGAUGACAUGCUGAUAAAGCUGUGGAAUUGGGAGAAACAGUGGUUGUGCCAGCAGGUGUUCGAAGGGCACACCCACUAUGUGAUGCAGAUAGUAAUCAAUACCAAAGACAACAAUACUUUGGCCAGUGCUUCACUCGAUAGAACAGUCAAGGUGUGGCAGCUUGGAUCUCCAACACCUAACUUCACCCUGGAGGGUCACGAGAAAGGUGUGAACUGUGUUGAUUAUUACCAUGGAGGAGACAAACCUUACCUCAUCUCUGGUGCCGACGAUAGAAUGGUGAAAAUCUGGGACUACCAGAACAAAACGUGUGUGCAGACACUUGAGGGACACGCGCAGAAUAUUUCAGCAGUUUGUUUCCACCCAGAGCUGCCGAUCGUGCUGACUGGCAGCGAAGAUGGCACAGUGAGGAUCUGGCACUCCGGCACGUACCGUCUUGAGUCAUCACUCAACUACGGCUUUGAGAGAGUGUGGACCAUUGCUUGUAUGCGUGGCUCCAACAAUGUAGCCUUAGGAUACGAUGAGGGCAGCAUCAUGGUGAAAGUAGGACGGGAGGAGCCGGCCGUGUCCAUGGAUGUCAACGGAGAGAAGAUCGUGUGGGCUCGCCACUCAGAGAUACAGCAGGCCAACCUGAAGGCCAUGCCGGAAGGUAUUGAGAUCAAGGAUGGGGAGAGGCUCCCGGUGGCAGUCAAGGACAUGGGCAGUUGUGAGAUCUAUCCCCAGACAAUCGCUCACAACCCGAAUGGCAGGUUUGUGGUGGUGUGUGGUGACGGAGAGUAUAUCAUUUAUACAGCAAUGGUGUUGCGAAACAAAGCGUUUGGAACCGCACACGAGUUUGUGUGGGCUCAAGACUCAUCUGAGUACGCAAUUCGAGAAGGCACCACCACUGUCAAGGUGUUCAAGAAUUUCAAGGAGAAAAAAUCGUUCAAACCUGAGUUUGGUGCUGAAGGUAUCUUCGGUGGCUUUCUCCUGGGCGUGAGAUCAGUAUCAGGUCUGGCUCUGUACGACUGGGACACCCUGGAGUUGGUCAGACGUAUCGAGAUACAGCCACGGCACGUCUACUGGUCGGAGAGCGGGGAGUUGGUAGCACUGGCCACGGACGACAGCUACUUUGUGCUGCGCUACGAUGCCGGUGCUGUACAGGCCGCUAGAGAGCAGGGCGGUGACGCUGUCACCCAGGACGGCAUAGAGGAAGCUUUCGAUGUGCUGGGGGAGGUACACGAGUCAGUGCGCACAGGAUUGUGGGUAGGUGACUGUUUCAUCUAUACCAACAGUGUGAACCGUAUAAACUACUACGUGGGAGGAGAGAUAGUGACAGUGUCACACUUGGACCGCACCAUGUACUUGCUGGGUUACGUAGCCAAGGAUAACCGGCUCUACCUGGGCGACAAAGAGCUCAACAUCGUCUCCUACAGUCUUCUUCUGUCAGUAUUAGAGUAUCAAACAGCUGUAAUGAGAGGAGACUUUGAGACCGCUGACAAAGUCCUACCAACUGUUCCCACCCAAUAUCGCACCAGAGUGGCUCAUUUCUUGGAAAAACAAGGCUUCAAGCAACAGGCGUUGGCAGUCUCAACAGACCCUGAGCACAGGUUUGAGCUGGCUCUACAGCUGGGGGAGCUGGAGGUAGCGACAACGCUAGCGCGUGAGGCGGGGCACACACAGAAGUGGCGACAGCUAGCUGAGCUGGCCACCACCAAGGGUGAGCUCGGACUGGCACAGGAGUGUCUCCACCAGGCUCAGGACUUCGGUGGCCUUCUGCUGCUGGCUACCUCUGCCGGAAACGCUGACAUGGUGCGUAAGUUAGGAGACAGUGCAGAGUCCACAGGCAAAAAUAACAUUGCUUUCCUCUCAUUCCUUUUGCUCGGGGAACUGGACAAGUGUCUGCAGAUUCUCAUUGACACAGAUCGCUUACCUGAAGCAGCUUUCUUCGCAAGAACGUACCUGCCGAGCCAGAUCUCACGAGUGGUGGGACUGUGGCGAGAGUCCCUCUCCAAGGUCAGCGAGAAGGCGGGCCAGUCCCUGGCAGAUCCCAAGGACUAUGAGAACUUGUUCCCAGGUCUCACAGAGGCUUUUAAGACCGAACAAUACUUGGAGCCUGAGAGACGCAGUCAACUGCCCGCCUCCGCUUACAUUAACAUUCCGGCUAACCACGAAAGAAAUGCUGUUGAGGAGAUGAAGACAGCGGAAGUGAGCGGCAGAUUUCACUACAGACCUCCAGGAGUUGCACCAGAAGACCACUUACUGACAGGAGCAGGAGAUGAGGAACAUUCCACGCACACAAUACCACAAGCGGACAACUUGGCGGCGUACUCGUACGUCCUGCCUCCCACCCAGCUACCUGCUGCUGCCACUGCCCAGUCUGCGUCCGCGCCCCCACCUGUCACCUCCCAGGAGGAUGACGACUUGGACCUUGAUCUAGACAACAUGAACCUUGACGAUAUCGACACGUCGUUCGACUCAUGGUACGAACCUCCGAUGCCUGAGCUCGAACCAGAAGUGAAAGCUCCUCCAACAACUGUGCCCGACGUUACUGAGCAAACAGAUCUGAAACCAUUACUCGAACCUGUACCAGGUCAGGAUGAAAUUGAUUUGGAUUUGGAUAGUAUGAACUUUGAUGAACUAGAUGCUACAGACUUAAAUUUGGAAGAUGAGGAUGAUUUAAUUGAUUGAGUACUUCAGUAUUCAAGAGUUAUGUAAUUAUUUAAAUUUAUUGUUAAAUUACAUUUAUAAAAAUAUACAACAUUAUACACUGUAA